UUGAAGGGUAUGGAGGCUGUAGCAGAACAUAUCAAUGAAAUGCAGAAAAUUUACGAGGAAUAUGGUGCUGUGUUUGACGAGCUCUCCCGCAUGUUCAGAGAUCUUUACCCUCAUAAAAAGGCGGUGGAGCUGAGUGUCGGGGAGCUGCAAAUGUACGGAACGGUGGAGUGGUGCAAUAUCUGUGAUAGUCUGGGCAAGAUAAAGAAAGGCCUCGAUCUAGAGAAUAUCAUAUUUGUCUUCAAGUCAGCGGUGGUGUUCCUGUGUCGAGAGAAAGUCAAGAAAAAGAAGACAAAGGUAACCCGACUGAAAACUGUUUGUUUUGAAGACAAAUGUAUUGUGGUUUUCAUCAAUAUUUCACUUUUGUGAAGAUAGAAAAGUAUUGUGGUUAACCAGUAUCUAAGAAGUGAGUAACCUCCCAUACAUACCACCAGGUAUAUAAAAAUCUUAAG